CCCUAUUUCAAGUGGUAGAGAUAAGAUUCAUUGUUUUCAUCGGGAUUUUGUGAUAACACUUUAUCGAAAUUUGGUACCGGCAUUAGGAACUAGUGUCGACAUGGCAGCCAAAUUAUUACCGGAGUUUAUGGAUGUUGAUGGAAAAGUUAUUUUGGUGACCGGUGGUGCAGUUGGGAUCGGUGCUGGGUUGGUCAAAGAAUUGUUAUCACAAAAUGCGAGGCACGUCGCCUUCUUAGAUGUGUUGGAUCGCGAAGGGGGAGCCCUCGAGGGCGAACUAUCGAAUAAGUUCGGCGCACUUAGAGCCAAGUUCAUAAAAUGUGAUAUCUCGGACGAGGGGCAACUUGCAGCCGCUUAUAAGUUUGUUUUGCACAAAUACAAUCGACUCGAUGCAGUUGUAAACAACGCUGCGGUUGUGUCGGAGGAGAGCUACAAGAAAAUGGUGGAUGUUAAUUUCACAGCGACUGUGACCAGUACUUUUAAGGCUUUAGAAGUAAUGUCAGUGGACAACGGUGGCAGCGGCGGCGUUGUACUGAACGUUUCUUCUUUGAUAGCUCUCAAACCUCAGGAAAAUUUACAAUUACCUGUCUAUGCAGCCACAAAAACUGCUGUGCUACAUUUUAGUAACCAAAUUGCGACACAAGAGUCGUUUUCAAAGACACAAGUUCGCAUAGUAACAGUGUGUCUAGGACUAACCGACACGGCUUUGUUGCAUAGACACAACUUCGAGAGACAAGAUACCAAGAGCUUGGCCUCACAAGUCCCUGAAAAGCAGAGGGUAACAUCAGCGGUGAGCGGUAUAUUGUUCGUUAUUAGACGAGCCGAGAGUGGAUCUACCUGGAUAAUCGCAGAUGACGAGCCCCCGAUUGACGUCACAAAUACUGUCAGAGAGGGCUUUCGUUGCGUGGCUACAGCUAUUUGAUUUGAUCGUUGAUUAUUGAUG